GCAAACACAUCCAAUCUGGCAACUCUGAGCUCGAGGCUUUUCUGCUCUGCAAACGUGCGCCGUCGUGAGGUCCAACGGACUGCCGCUGACCGCGCGCGCUCUCUCUGCUCGGCUUGGCGCUGAUCGUCCCGCUCACCGCGGCGUUAUUUGCUUGUUUUUUUUCUUUUGUUUUGUUUUGUCUUGUCCGCGUUGAACAUGUCGCUGAUGGAGGAGUACGCGGAGGAGGAGUACGAACGCGCGCCCAAGCGCCUCAAAACCUCGGAGGUGGAGGAAGGAGAGGAGCUGGAGGAAGGCGAGGACUCGGACUCAGCAUCCGCCGGGCUGCUAGGAGACGAGGAGGAGGACACGCGGCGCUCCGGAGGGCAGGACCGGGCCCGGUGGAGCAGCGCGACCUACACCAGCAAACCGGUCCGGAAGGAUAACGGGGAUGAGACCCACAGGAUUGCGCCGUCCCCCGUGGUCCAUGUUCGGGGACUGUGUGAGUCAGUGGUGGAAGCUGACCUGGUGGAGGCCUUGGAGAAGUUUGGAAACAUCUGCUAUGUGAUGAUGAUGCCGUUUAAGAGGCAGGCGCUGGUGGAGUUUGAGGAUCUAGAGAGCGCUGACCGAUGUGUGGGCUGUGGCUCCAGAGAGGCCGUCUACAUUGCAGGACAGCAAGCCUAUUUCAACUACUCCACCAGCAAGCGCAUCACACGGCCCACAAACGCAGACGACCCCAACAGUGGAAACAAAGUGCUGCUGCUCUCCAUUCAGAACCCACUCUACCCCAUCACUACAGAUGUUUUAUACACAGUGUGCAACCCUAUCGGCAACGUGCUACGCAUCGUCAUCUUCAAGCGCAACGGAAUUCAGGCCAUGGUGGAAUUUGAAUCGGUCCAGAAUGCCCAGAAGGCCAAAGCGGCCCUCAACGGAGCCGACAUAUACGCCGGCUGCUGCACACUGAAAAUCGAGUACGCUCGGCCCUCACGCCUCAACGUCAUCAGAAACGACAACGACAGUUGGGACUACACCAAACCCUUUUUGGUCAGACGAGAACGUGGUAAAGGUAGACAGAGGCAGGCCAUCCUGGGGGAGCAUCCGUCCUCAUACAGCGACAACGGUUACGGGACACACUGCCCCCUGCUGCCUCUGCCCAGUAACACCAGGUUCAAGAGGAGUUCCCACGAGGUGCCCGAUGUUGUGGCGUACCCUCUGCCCCAGACCUCCUCCUACGUUGGCCACUCCUCCAGCUCUGUUGCCAUGGUGAGCGGCCUGCAUCCCGCCAAGAUGAACUGCACCCGCAUCUUCAACCUCUUCUGUCUCUAUGGUAACAUUGAGAAGGUGAAAUUCAUGAAGAGUGUGCCUGGAACAGCUCUGGUGGAGAUGGGCGAUGAGUAUGCGGUCGACCGUGCCGUCACACAUCUUAACAGUAUCAAAGUCUUCAGCAAGAGGCUUAACGUAUGCGUGUCCAAGCAGCAUGCGGUCAUCCCCAGCCAGGUCUUUGAGUUGGAGGACGGUUCGAGCAGCUACAAAGACUUUGCCAUGACUCGCAACAACCGCUUCACCAGCGCUGGGCAGGCGUCCAAAAACAUCAUCCAACCUCCGUCAUGCGUGCUGCACUUCUACAAUGUCCCUCCCUCCAUCUCUGAGGACGACCUGCAGAGGUUAUGCACAGAGCAGGACGUUCCAGGCUUCAUCAAGUUCAAAGUGUUUGAUGCCAAACCAAGCUCCAAAACCAUCUCCGGCCUCCUGGAAUUUGACAGCAAAACCCACGCAGUGGAAGUUUUGACAGUACUGAAUCAUUACCAGAUCAGAAUACCCAACGGCUCCAAUCCCUACACCCUGAAGCUGUGCUUCUCCACCUCCUCCCACCUCUGAACAGGAGCCGAAGACACACACUUCUCACCAUCGCGCUGUUUACACUGGAUGGAGACGACGGGAAUAGAAAGCUACAGAGCGUGAGGCGAGAAGAGCGGAGCGAGAGGGAUGACACACACGGUCAUCGCUCUUAGCAUGAGGACUUCAAGCGCAAAACACUCAAGAAUUGUUUCCUCUUUUUUUUUUUUUUAAAGACUCUAAAAUGUUUUCUUCUCACACUCUGGUAUAACCAGAAACUGACCGACUUUAUGAUAAUGAUGUCAUCUCACUGAAACUGAGUUUCCCAUGGGCAAAAAAAAAAAAAAAAAAAAAGAAACGAACAUGGACACCUUUUUAUUUUCUGUGUUUUUGUCUUUAUCUAUUCUUUGAAACGGUUAAAAUAAACUGUGUGCUGCAGAGAACACACAAGGUACACAGCCUAAAAGACAAUAACGUAUGAAUUACUGUUAUGCUGACGAUACUGACUUGGAAAAUAGAUGUACAAGAGUGUAAUGAGAGGUGUGUGUGUUGACAUAGAGAGAGACAUAGAGGUAUCUGACAAACAAGGAAUCUGUUAAUAGACUGUAAGUUAGAUCCUUCUGUAAUAUUGUCUUGUAUAGAUGCCAAGGCAUGAAGAAUUAUGAGAAUUACUGGCACACAAGGUGGCCUUACAAGCCUUUAGGUUGAGAUUUGCGCAAAAAUUUUUAGUUGUGUUAUUAGUUUCGCUAGUCGGGAUCAUGUGCUAAAGGCUUUAUUAGAUUUAGGCCCCUGAGAGUCUGUGCUUUAAUGGAUGAUUAGAAUAUUACCCCUGAAAUUGUGGUGGUGGUUGUUUGGCACACUGUUGCUCCACAGCUAGACUUGAGAAUCUAAAAUCCUGCAUCGUAUCCUCUUAUCUGGCUCAAAAAUGAUACGUGACAAAUUUCAUACCCAUCACGCAAGGCAAGCUUCACCUCUUCCAAAUGAAUUAUUUUAAUAAUGGCAAUAAUUAAACUACAUAAGAAAAAAAUUUUCCCAAUCUGAAGAUUUGAAUCUAGCUUUGGAUCACAGUAUGUCAGACAGAAUAUAAAGAUCAUGUGUGCAGUAUUCUCAGUUUAUUCUCACUUGUCCAUAUGUAUAUUUGACACUUCACACCAUCUGCGGUUCACUGUGAGCAUGUCCAGCCAUUAAACACAUCUGCCAGUUGA